CGCCGAUCACCCCAGCCACACCACUUGGAGACAUCGCGUGUUGCUGGUUUGGACUGCAUAUGGGCUAAAAGUUUUGUUGCGCAGCUUUGCCGAAAGGUGACCAUGGUGAGAGCUGCGAAAGUGGAUGGGACUACGGUGCCUCGCAGUCGGCCCCAUUUGAAUCAGAUCAUGGUGGGUCUAGUACUUCUGGCCAUGGGCACCCUCAUCGUCUACAUGUAUCGCAUCAUCGACGACCUGCAUAAAGAGCAGCAGGACCUUCGUGGUCAACUCACUGCAAUGGCCAAAGACAAGUGGCCACACCUCUUGGUGCAUCCUGGCAGUGAGAAGUUCUUGGAUUCCAAAGGUGAGCCUCAACGCUUCGCAAAGACCGUGGGCUCUAAGGAGGACAGGCUCCGACGACCCGUAGAGCAUCGAGUGGAAGAGGUGCAUCCUGGGCACAUGGCUGCGUUCGAAGUGCCCAUCGGCGCAGAAGAGGAGAAGCGACGCCUGGCGGGCUUUUUUACCACUGGUACAGCCGCAGGCGUUGGCUGCUUUGAGGUGGCGGACUCGGCCACUACCACCUACACCGUCUCCAGCGCAACAGCCUGCAACAGCAAUGCCUGUCCGGACUGUUUCAUCACGCCGGCCACGGUGAGCCAGGAUAUGACCAUCACCAUUGCGGCCUGCAGCACGGCCCAGUGGAUCCGCUCGACGACCCGCACGGGCGCUUGGGAGUACAAGUUCAUCAACACUCACGCAACGUACACCAUGAGCAUCACGGACAACAGUGGAUCCGGGAUCACCUACAAGGUGCCCCCUCAAAGCCACGUGACCGGCUGGUGUACCGCCAGUCUGGGAACGAAUGAUAGGCUGUAUUUCCCUAGCACCACCUUGCCAACGCUCUCGGUGGAUAGCGGCUUGACCUUGUCGGCUGGCGCCUUUGAUGCCAGCGCCAGCUCAGGUGCUUUCAGCACGAGUUCGGGCACGAACACUUUGAACGGCAACACCGUCAUCAACGGUGCCGGCACCUUCAGCACGGGCACCGGCAACGUUGGCCUCAACGGCAACGUCCUCAUCGCCGACUCGAUGACCUUCACCGUAGGCUCCGCGGGCAGCGGCGGCGCGGCCGCCUUCUACGGCACCGUGGCGAUCGGCGCCUCAGGUGUGGCGGGUCAGGGGCGCACCCUCACGUUGACGGGCGACUUGACCCAGCAGGACCCGACCAGUAGUACGGCUGCGUUCACCACGGGGAGUGGUGCUGUGGGGAUCAAUGGAGACGUGACCAUCGCAGCCAACAAGCACCUGACGAUGACGAACACGGGCACGGGUGCCUUUACCACAGGCACUGGCGCGAUCACCCUCAACGGCGCCACCACGAUCACGGGCAGCAACACCUUCACCACGGGCUUGGGCAAUGUGGAACUCAAGGGUGCCACCACCGUGGCGGACUCGACCGCCUUCACGGUGGGUUCGGCCGGCGCGGGUGGCACCACCACCCUCUAUGGAGCGGUGGUCGUUGGUGACUCGACAGGCGCCGCAGCUGUGACGGUGAACGGCAAUAUCGCGCAGGCCGACGUGGGUGCGACCCAGACGACCUUCACCACGGGGACCGGCGCCGUCAGCCUGAAUGGCGAUGUGGCUGUGGCUAGUGGGAAGAACCUGCACAUGGCUUCCGGUGGCGCGGGAACCUUCCAGACGGGCACGGGGACCGCGACCAUCUACGGCAACCUCCAAAUAUCGGGGAGCAAGACCUUCACCACGGGCACGGGCGCGGUGUCGCUGCAGGGCACCACCAACGUGGCCGACGGUGUGGCCUUCUCGGUGGGAUCCAACAACAAUGGCGGCCUCGCGCAGUUUUUCGGCCAAGUCAUCAUCGGUUCAGGCACUGCGAACGGUGCUUCCACGCAGCUGGAUUUGUACGGCGACUUUGUGGGGCACGAUGACUUGGAUGGCACCGCCAAAACGUUCGCCACGGCGACGGGGACCUCCACUUUCAAUGGUGAUGUGGCCAUUGCCUUCAACAAGGAUCUGACCAUGAGCAAUACUGGCACUGGCACCUUCACCACCGGCACGGGUGCCAUCGCCCUGAACGGCGACGUGACCAUUGCCGCGGGCAAGACCUUGACAGUGACCGACUACACCAACGCCAUCCAGUGCAACCUCGCCUCCACCGCGCCGGGCGACACGUUCUGCAAGGCAUCGCGGUGAGGCAGCGGGUCCGGACGCCGGCAGCUUCCGCCCUGGGCGGGCAGCGGAAGCGGGGAAGUGGUGGGAUGUCCAAGCAUCAGUGCG